UAUGACGUAGUACUCAUUUUUGCUUAUCAACACAAAAAGUGCAAACAAGUUUUGACAGCGAAACUCAAAUUUUCUUCAUUCAUUUUUUGCUCUCAAGCGCCCUUAAUAUGUCGCAACAAGGGGCUGCUUUACAGAGUUAUAAUAACGAACUCGUAAAAUGUAUAAAUGACCUCUGUCAAAAGAGGGAUGAUCUCCAUAAACAAAUUCUUCAAGAAGAGGAGGAGAAACAAAAAUUACAAAAUGACAUUAGAAUCCUAACAGAGCGAUUAGCUAAAGUCAAUGAAAGUCUAAGUAAAAAGAUGAGUUCCAGAAAUGAAUUUGAUAAGACUAUCGCUGAAACUGAAUCAGCAUAUAUGAAGAUUUUGGAGAGUUCACAGACCUUACUGAAUGUAUUAAAACGAGAAUCCCAUACUCUUAAGGACAAAGGAGGGCAGAGCACCAGAGUCCAUUCCCAGGUCUCAUAGACACAUCAGCUGUUUAUAUAACUAUCUUUGAGCUUUUAACAUUAGGGUGAUAUCUCACACAGCAUUGACGAUUGUUUUCACCAUUCUAAUAAGUCAUGACAAUUAUACAUUAUUUUUUAUACAUUUUUUUUUAAAGUCGUUCUGUGUAAACUUGUGAGCUUUGGCAUCCUAAAAUUUUGAUACAAUUUUUUUUAAAACAUUUUAACUCAUGAAAUCUGGACUUGAUUAUUUGAGAAGUGGUAAUUGACUAAAUGUGCCUUAAGAAGAAAAAAAUAGAAUACUAGUACUAAUGCAUACAUGUACAAAAUGUGCAUAUAAAAUAAGUGGGGCUGAACAAUUUUAUAUUUUAAAACUGAAAUUUAAAUAAAAUGUGUUUAAUUCAAAGCUUAGUGUUUGCAGCAAGAAAAUGGAACUGUUUCUGUUCUUCUAUGCCUUGAAUACACAUACUAUUUAAUAACACAGAAAAUUGUCAAUUUGUCGAUUCAGAAUCUAAUGCAUUCUGGGUAAUAUUUUCAAAAGGGUACACCAAAACGUUGUGAUUGGCUAACAAGGUCCUUAACAAUGAAAUUCAACCAAUAGUGUGUCGUUGUUUUGAAUUUGGAGUACAAACAAUGAAAUUACCCAUAGUCCUUUAGAUUCUGAAUGGUGAAUUGUACACAUUACUGACAUUCCAAUCAUCUGUUUUGUUCAUAUUUCAGUGGUCCUUGAAUACAUGUACAUGUUUAGUAGUAGAACUCUUACACUGUGUGAAGUUUUCACUGUUGCUGAAGGUCAUGUAUUUCAGGCUGUCUUUGCCCCGUCAGUAGUACUUUAGUCUGAUUUGUGCUAUACAGAGUGCUUUCUACAAUCCUGUGAUAUUUAUACUUUCUUCCAUGCACUCCCAGGGAAUGGUAAUUGCACAUAAGUUUGAAAUGUACAUGCACCUGUAAUUUUCUCUUUCAAUUGAUAGAUAGCAACGGUGGUCCAAGAUCUUUUUGAAAAAAAAAAUGAUUCUGCAAUUCAACACUAAAGAUUUUUCAAUGAAUUUAUUUAUGGUUUUGUAAAAGGAAAAUAAAAAUAAAUAAGGAAUUUGUAAAAAUGAAUGGAUAAAUAUAUAAAUCUCGACAUUGACUUUUUUUUCGUAUUUGAAUCGGAAACAUAAACAUAUUGCAUCUUGUGUAUCAUUCCAAGAAGUUGUAAAAAUAAAAACAAACAAAAAAUCCUUUUCUUGGUUUUAUUAAGGAACAUAUUUACAUUUGUCUUUUUCUCAAUUUUUUGUAUGACAAAUAAUAACACAUUUGUUCAUUGUAUUUAUAUAUAUAUUUUUAUGUUGACUGAUAUUUAAUGGUAAACAACAAGAGAUCUUAACACUGAAAUACAAGAAUUUUUCAAAUUUAUUAACAGCUACCAAGAUUAUGGACAUCUUAGGACUCUUUUUUAAUAAAAUUAGCUGUGGAAAGUUUAUUUAUUUAUUGAGGCACAGUACACAGUGUUAAAGUCUCUGUAUGUUGGAUACCAGGUUUUGUAUGAUAUUUUGAACAUAAAAAUAAAACUGAUACAUAC